CACAACUCAGGAUACACUCCAGAAAGGAAUUCAAUGAUUCUCCUCUGGGUGGAAGUAUUACUAGGUUCUAAAGCCGUGGCAGGCAAGCAGCUACCAACGGCGCUAAGUUCAAAGCUGCCCGAGAACUCGCCCAGAGUUAAGUAAGGGAAAAGAAAUGCCUGGGAACAAACGCGCCUUCUUCCUUGCCCCAGGUGUGCAAAAGGAGGAUGCCGCAGAUCUCCAACUGACUCGGGAUUGGAGCGAGGGCUGGGUGCCUGCGAUGGAAAGUCGCUCUUCUAGGCGAGAAUGGGCAAACCCCCAGACUUCAGGGAGGCCGCUCAGGGUAACUUCUCUCCACUCACUUGCGAUCAGAUGAAAGGAAAGAAAAGCCCUUCCGACGUCACCCCCAGCCGGCGCGCGGCAGCUGAGCCCCAGCGGGGGCGGGGUCCGCCGGGUUCCCCUCCGCCCGAGUCCCCCUCCGCCCGAGUCCCCCUCCGCCCGAGUCCCCCUCCGCCCGAGUCCUGUGCGCUUCCCGGUUCUCCUCCUCCGCGCGGUCACUGGCUGCAUCUCCGCCGCCCCGGCACAAUAGAGGCUCCGCCCUCCUUCCGCGCGAGCUCUCCGCGGCUCCCUAGCCCAGCAGCCUUCGCAACCCGCGCCGCCACCGCCUCUGCCCGCCCGGUGCCAGGUCCCUGUGCUCCCCGAGGCUCCCCGCCGACCGUCCCGGCGCGCACCGCGGGCGUCUGUCCGAACGCCUUCCAGCCACCUGAGCCCUCCUGCGGGCGACGCACUCAGCUAGCCCUUGCCCGCCUCCCCUCUUCCCUGCGUCCGACUCUCCACUGGGGCUGCACAGUCGAGGGCUGCUCGCGUCGGGAAGGAGAUGCCCAGAGUCUCUGGGGCGCACCCUCCCGUUCCGCUCAGUCGCACCCAGCUUUAGAAGGUGCUCUGAGCAGCCACUUUCGGCCUCUAGCUAGGACACCCUGUCGCAGAAGUCCUUGCCGAGACCCCCCGCCCCAGCCAUUCUCUGAAGGGGCUGAGGACCCUCUUAUCCCGCCCCUCAUGGCCAAGCCUCGGCUGCUAGUUCUCUACUUCGUUCUGAUUGUGAUUCCGGCCUGGGUGUCCAGCAUUGUCCCCACAGGGACAAGCGAGCCCCCAGAUGCGCAAACAGUGGCGCCUACGGAGGAUGAGACUCUGCAAAACGAGGCGGACAACCAGGAGAACGUUUUAUCUCAGUUGCUGGGGGACUAUGACAAGGUCAAGGCUAUGUCUGAGGGCUCGGACUGUCAGUGCAAGUGUGUGGUGAGACCCCUGGGCCGGGAUGCCUGCCAGAGGAUCAAUGCGGGGGCCUCCAGGAAGGAAGACUUCUACACCGUGGAAACCAUCACCUCAGGCUCAUCCUGCAAGUGUGCCUGUGUCGCACCCCCAUCUGCCCUCAAUCCCUGCGAGGGAGACUUCAGGCUCCAGAAGCUGCGGGAGGUGGACAGCCAGGACUUGAAGCUCUCCACAAUCAUAGACAUGUUGGAAGGAGCGUUCUAUGGCCUGGAUCUCCUGAAGCUACAUUCAGUCACCACCAAACUGGUGGGGCGAGUGGAUAAACUGGAAGAGGAAGUUUCUAAAAACCUCACCAAGGAAAACGAACAAAUCAAAGAGGACAUGGAAGAAAUUCAAACUGAGAUAAAUAAGCGAGGCAAAGAAAACUGCUCUGAAAACAUCCUAGAUAGCAUGCCAGACAUCCGCUCAGACCUGCAGAGGGAUGCGGCGGCAGCCUACGCCCACCCAGAGGAGCAGUAUGAAGAGCAGUUUCUGCAGGAAGAAACCGUGUCCCAGCAGAUCAACUCCAUCGAGCUUCUGCAGAAGCAACCCCUGGCUCCGCCUGAGGUGGUGAGGUCACAGCGGCCCCUGCAGAGGCAGGUUCACCUGAGAGGCCGGCCGGCCUCCCAGCCCACCGUCAUCCGGGGCAUCACCUACUAUAAAGCCAAGGUCUCUGAAGAAGAGAAUGACAUUGAAGAGCAGCAAGAUGAGUUUUUCAGCGGUGACAAUGGAGUGGAUUUGCUGAUUGAAGAUCAGCUCCUGAGACACAAUGACCUGAUGACCAGUGCCACCCAGAGGCCCACAGCCACCCAUCAGGGACACAGCACUGCUGUGACAACCGACCUGAACGCUCGGAUCGUACCCUGGUCCUCGGCCCUGCCAGAGCCCUCAACCUCAGCUCCUAGCAUUGCCAACCGUGCCUCAGUGGAACCACUCUCAGCAACAUUCCAAACAACCUCGGUGUCUCCAGAUCCCACGAGGGAGUCAGUCCUGCAGCCUUCUCCUCAGGUGCCAGCCACCACCGUGGCCCACACAGCCACCCAGCAACCAGCAGCCCCAGCUCCUCCGGCAGUGUCUCCCAGGGAGGCAUUGAUGGCAGCUGUGCACACAGUCCCAGUGCCUCCCACCACAGUCAGAACAGACUCGCUGGGGAAAGAUGCUCCUGCUGGGCAGGGAACAACCCCUGCCAGCCCCACGCUGAGCCCCGAAGAAGAAGAUGACAUCCGGAAUGUCAUAGGAAGGUGCAAGGACACUCUCUCCACAAUCACGGGGCCAACCACCCAGAACACAUACGGGCGGAAUGAAGGGGCCUGGAUGAAGGACCCCCUGGCCAAGGAUGAGCGGAUUUACGUAACCAACUAUUACUACGGCAACACCCUGGUAGAGUUCCGGAACCUGGAGAACUUCAAACAAGGUCGCUGGAGCAAUUCCUACAAGCUCCCGUACAGCUGGAUCGGUACAGGCCACGUGGUAUACAAUGGCGCCUUCUACUACAAUCGCGCCUUCACCCGCAACAUCAUCAAGUACGACCUGAAGCAGCGCUACGUGGCUGCCUGGGCCAUGCUGCAUGAUGUGGCCUACGAGGAGGCCACCCCCUGGCGAUGGCAGGGACACUCAGACGUGGACUUUGCUGUGGACGAGAAUGGCCUAUGGCUCAUCUACCCGGCCCUGGACGACGAGGGCUUCAGCCAGGAGGUCAUUGUCCUGAGCAAGCUCAAUGCCGCGGACCUGAGCACACAGAAAGAGACCACAUGGCGCACGGGGCUCCGGAGGAAUUUCUAUGGCAACUGCUUCGUCAUCUGCGGGGUGCUGUACGCUGUGGACAGCUACAACCAGCGGAACGCCAACAUCUCCUACGCCUUCGACACCCACACCAACACACAGAUCGUCCCCAGGCUGCUGUUUGAGAAUGAGUAUUCCUAUACAACCCAGAUAGACUACAACCCCAAGGACCGCCUGCUCUAUGCCUGGGACAAUGGCCACCAGGUCACCUACCACGUCAUCUUUGCCUACUGACACCCUUGUCCCCAUAAGCAGAAGCACAGAGGGGUCACUAGCACCUUGUGUGUAUGUGUGUGUGCGCACGUGUGUGUAGGUGGGUAUGUGUUGUUUAAAAAUAUAUAUUAUUUUGUAUAAUAUUGCAAAUGUAAAAUGACAGUUUCGGUAUAUUUUUUUAUAUGGAUUGUAGAUCAAUCCAUACGUGUAUGUGCUGGUCUCAUCCUCCCCAGUUUAUAUUUUUGUGCAAGUGAACUUCUCCUUUUGACCAGUAACCACCUUCCUUCAGGCCUUCAGCCCCUCCAGCUCCAAGUCUCAGAUCUUGCCCAUUGAAAAGGUUUCAUCUGGGUCUUGCAGGAGGCAGACAACACUAGGAGCAGAAGUGAAAGAGGCAAGAAAGAAGUGCUGUGUGGCGGGAAAAAAGUUUUAAUGUAUUGGAGAAGUUCUAAAAACCCAGAAAAAUGCUUUUUUUUAAAUAAAGAAGAAAUUUAAAAUCA